UAUUAUCCCCAUUUAACAGGUAAAAAGAACUGAGGCUCAGACAGACUAAACAGCACACCCAAGGUCACAGAGUCAGUAACCGGCUGAGCAGUAAUUGCAAAACCAGUGUGAUCCCCAGAUUCCCACUCCUUCAGCUGAUUGCCUAGCAGAGGUGGGCCCAGAAAUCUUUAGUUUUUAAAAGCUCCCUUGGUGAUUCUUGAGGAUUAGCCAGGUCUUGGGAAAUGCUGCUCCACAUCAAACCGUCCCUCUAUCCCUGUCACCAGCCUGCCUCUGAGCAGCCUUCUCCACGUUGGAUAAAACAUUUAAAACAUAUUUAAAUAGCAAUUUUGAAAAACUAUGCAACAUAUGGAUUUUCCUUUUGAUCUCAAAAUGAUGACAAACAGACACUUAAAUACUUCAUAAAAGAAAUAUUACCAGAAAAAUUAUAGAAAUCUGGCUUUCAACUUUGUCUUGCUCUAAUUUAAACAAAAUGCAACUUUCCAGAGUCACUCUCUCUCCCCCCAAAUAAAUCCAAAACUCCGAGCUUUCUUUUCUUUUUCCCUCUUUGCCCGGCCUACACCUAUUCCUUUCUAAUCUGUUGGCCAUCCUGAAUAACAGCUUUGAAAGACAGACAGUAGGGAUAACUUAAGUCGUAUCCUCAAAACGCCUGAAAACAGAGAAAGCGUCUCCUCCGAAUUCACACCCUGGACUUGAAAGACCAAAAAAAGGGAAGCUGUGUAUAACGGCCAAAUAUUCUUAGACUAAUUAACAAAAGAAAAGGGGUGGGCAGAGAGAAGCUGUCCAUCCCUGAAAACCUCCCCGCCCCUCUUUUGGUCCCGGGAGAGCCCCCUCUCUCAAGUUGAGGGCGUCCACUGGCUGAGGGCGCCACGGCCUCCGCAGCAACAGGCGGAGGGGAGGCCGCGGGUCAGCGCGGGUCGGGUCGCGUCUGAUGCUCCCCAGCUCCGCGCAGCGCCUGGAGCAGGUGGCUGCCCCCUGUGCUGGGCGUGCGCUGAGCCCAGGCCAGGCGAGCGGGCCUCCAGUCCCUGUUGUCGGCCUGGGAGAAGGCAGGGGCCCCGGGGUGCUGGGCGCGGGACGGACGACUGAGACCCCUAGGGCCGCAAGUGCAUGGGCGGGGGGGGGCGCGGGUAGUGCCUUCGGCUCCCCGCGCGGCACCGCGGCCGCAGCAUCGCGCGCUCGCUCUCUCUGCACCCAGAGGCCGCGACACCUAUCGCGGGGCCGCGGCGAGAAAGGAAGGGCUGGCAGGAAGGAGGAGACCUGGAGGAAGCCGCGGACCAGGCAUCCCUGCUCUGCCGAGGGCCGGGAGAGGAGACUCCCAGCCUUCCCGCCCACCCCGAAACUUUUCCAACACACGCAGGCGUAUUCCUCACGGGUUUUGGCGGCCCCGAGUCGCCAUCAGGGAGGAGGCUCGGCCAACAAACACGUCCCCCGGCACUGGUGCGGAGGAGGAGAAAAUGGUGUUAUUUAAAUGAAUCAUAAUAAAAUAGCCUGUAAACAGUUUCUGAGCAGGAGACUCAGUGGAACUCAGCGGUCCCUCCUUCCAGUUCCUAAGAGGUCCCGGGAUUCUUGAGCUGUGCCCAGCUGACGAGCUUUUGAAGAUGGCACAAUAACUGUCCAGUGAUGCCUGACCAUGACAGCACAGCCCUCUUAAGCCGGCAAACCAAGAGGAGAAGAGUUGACAUUGGAGUGAAAAGGACGGUAGGGACAGCAUCUGCAUUUUUUGCUAAGGCAAGAGCAACGUUUUUUAGUGCCAUGAAUCCCCAAGGUUCCGAGCAGGAUGUUGAGUAUUCUGUGGUGCAGCAUGCAGAUGGGGAAAAGUCAAAUGUACUCCGCAAGCUGCUGAAGAGGGCGAACUCGUAUGAAGAUGCCAUGAUGCCUUUUCCAGGAGCAACCAUAAUUUCCCAGCUGUUGAAAAAUAACAUGAACAAAAAUGGUGGCACGGAGCCCAGUUUCCAAGCCAGCGGUCUCUCUAGUACAGGCUCCGAAGUACAUCAGGAGGAUAUAUGCAGCAACUCUUCAAGAGACAGCCCCCCAGAGUGUCUUUCCCCUUUUGGCAGGCCUACUAUGAGCCAGUUUGAUAUGGAUCGCUUAUGUGAUGAGCACCUGAGAGCAAAGCGCGCCCGGGUUGAGAAUAUAAUUCGAGGUAUGAGCCAUUCCCCCAGUGUGGCAUUAAGGGGCAAUGAAAAUGAAAGAGAGAUGGCCCCGCAGUCUGUGAGUCCCCGAGAAAGUUACAGAGAAAACAAACGCAAGCAAAAGCUGCCCCAGCAGCAGCAACAGAGUUUCCAGCAGCUGGUUUCAGCCCGAAAAGAACAGAAGCGAGAGGAGCGCCGACAGCUGAAACAGCAGCUGGAGGACAUGCAGAAACAGCUGCGCCAGCUGCAGGAAAAGUUCUACCAAAUCUAUGACAGCACUGAUUCUGAAAAUGAUGAAGAUGGUAACCUGUCUGAAGACAGCAUGCGCUCGGAGAUGCUGGAUGCCAGGGCCCAGGACUCCGUGGGGAGGUCAGAUAAUGAGAUGUGUGAGCUAGACCCAGGACAGUUUAUUGACCGAGCCCGGGCCCUGAUCAGGGAGCAGGAAAUGGCUGAAAACAAGCCCAAGCGAGAAGGCAACAACAAAGAGAGAGACCACGGGCCAAACUCCUUACAACCAGAAGGCAAACAUUUGGCCGAGACCUUGAAACAGGAACUGAACUCUGCCAUGUCGCAAGUUGUGGACACUGUGGUCAAAGUCUUUGCGGCCAAACCCUCCCGCCAGGUUCCUCAGGUCUUCCCACCUCUCCAGAUCCCCCAGGCCAGAUUUGCAGUCAAUGGGGAAAACCACAAUUUCCACACCGCCAACCAACGCCUCCAGUGCUUUGGCGACGUCAUCAUUCCGAACCCCCUGGACACCUUUGGCAACGUGCAGAUGCCGAGUUCCACAGACCAGACAGAAGCCCUGCCCCUGGUUGUCCGCAAAAACUCAUCUGACCAGUCUGCCUCCGGUCCCCCGGCUGGCGGCCACCACCAGCCCCUGCACCAGUCACCUCUCUCCACCGCAGGCUUCACCACGUCCACCUUCCGCCAUCCCUUCCCCCUUCCCUUGAUGGCCUACCCAUUUCAGAGUCCAUUAGGUGCUCCCUCUGGCUCCUUCUCGGGAAAAGACACAGCGUCUCCUGAAUCCUUAGACUUAACUAGGGAGACGACAAGUCUGAGGACCAAGAUGUCAUCCCACCACCUGAGUCACCAUCCUUGUUCACCAGCACACCCGCCCAGCACGGCGGAAGGGCUGUCGUUGUCGCUCAUCAAGUCCGAGUGUGGCGAUCUUCAAGACAUGUCCGAAAUCUCACCUUAUUCCGGAAGUGCAAUGCAGGAAGGACUGUCACCCAAUCACUUGAAAAAAGCAAAGCUCAUGUUCUUUUAUACCCGUUAUCCCAGCUCCAAUAUGCUGAAGACCUACUUCUCCGAUGUAAAGUUCAACAGAUGCAUUACCUCUCAGCUCAUCAAGUGGUUUAGCAAUUUCCGUGAGUUUUACUACAUUCAGAUGGAGAAGUACGCACGGCAAGCCAUCAACGACGGCGUCACCAGUACUGAAGAGCUGUCUAUAACCAGAGACUGUGAGCUGUACAGGGCCCUGAACAUGCACUACAAUAAAGCAAAUGACUUUGAGCAGGUUCCAGAGAGAUUCCUGGAAGUUGCGCAGAUCACAUUACGGGAGUUUUUCAAUGCCAUUAUCGCAGGCAAAGAUGUUGAUCCUUCCUGGAAGAAGGCCAUAUACAAGGUCAUCUGCAAGCUGGAUAGUGAAGUCCCUGAGAUUUUCAAAUCCCCGAACUGCCUCCAAGAGCUGCUUCAUGAGUAGAAAUUUCAACAACUCUUUUGGAAUAUAUGAAUAGUAGCAGUCCCCUUUGGAUGUCCAAGUUAUACGUGUCUAGAUUUUGAUUAUAUAUAUAUAUGUGUGUAUGGGAGGCAUGGAUAUGUUAUGAAAUCAGCUGGUAAUUCCUCCUCACCUUUCUCUCAUUUUCCUUUGUUUUCCAUUGCAAGGGGAUGGUUCUUUUCCUUCUGCCUUUAGUUUACUUUUGCCCAAGGCCCUUAACAUUUGGAGACUUAAAAUAGGGUUGAUUUUCAGGGAAAAAGGAAUGUGGACGUGUGUAAAGUCUAUAUUGGCAAGGAAGGGCAUUUGUUCAAGAUGCUUCUGCUUGAUGGAUGGCUUACUGCAAAUGGCGGUUGCCAGAGGGAGACCCAUGACACAGCAGAACUCUGCAGAGAGUGAGGUGUCUCUUGUUUUUACUGCUAAGAAGGUCAGAAAACUCAAUGAAACCACAUUAAACUUAAAUAUUCUGCUUGGUUUGAACUCAGUAAGUAGAUUUUUUUAUUACAUGUUUAGAAAGAAUGCCAAUCAAUGGCAGAUGAACAGCUCACUUCUUACAAGUGCCGCAAAAGGCCAAAUUUAAAAAAGAAAAAUAAUCACUAGCUGUGAUAUUUCCUAAGGGAAAUGGCAAACAUCCCAAGCUAGCACCAAUUUUUUUAUGGAGGCAAAGCAAUUUUGCACAAAACAGACUCUUUCAAGAUAAGACUGGAAAUCCACCCACAAUCCUCUCUAGUUCCCUCUCUAAAUUACAUAGUAGGUUCUUUUUCAUAAUAAGUGAUAAGCCUCUAUCCUUCUUCAUAGAGAAAAACCCCUUAUAACUUGUUAUCAUUUUCUAUUUAUCUUGCUUCAGAUAUUAAAAGGCACUUCAGUUUCAAAUUUA